GUAUACAAUAUCAUUAUUUGUUUUAUCGAUGAUAAAAUGACAUUGGAGAAUAGAGAUAAAAAUACUUUUAAAAGUGUAAAUUUUAUAAAUUUCAUACGACAACGAUUACAUUUUCCAAAAUUUGCAAUUAAUCCAACAUAUCCGGAUGCUCCUGAACGAUGGCGUACGAAUAUGGGCGGAUUUGACCCUGCUACACCUUAUGCUGAAGCCUGUAUUAAUUACCAUAACCACGCCGUCACUUUUAUGAUCUUUGUUGUUCUCACCGUAUUACACUCAAUUCGCAAAUAAUUCAACAUUUUAAUAUUUUAUCACAAUUUUUA